GAACCCGAGCAGUCCAGACGCCCCGAUACUACACGCGACCAACGACGCGAUGCCCAGCUGAUGCGCCGCCUGGGCUACACUCAGUCCGCAAUCAGCGCCGAGCUGGGCCUAUCGCUGGGCCAGGUCCAGUAUGCUCUCUCGCAUACGGAGACGCCAAUCACGCGGCCCGGCAGGCCCAGCAAGCUGACCGACGCCCAGAUCCAGGAGCUCAAGACCUUUAUGGCGUCCAAGGACAACGAGCGGAUGCCCUACGGCAAGAUCGCACAGGCUUUAGGCUGGGAUGUGGGCGAGUAUUGCAUCCGCCACACUCUGCGGAAGCUGGGCUAU